AUGAACUGGAAGCUUCUAACUGAAGUGAAUGGCAGCAUGAACGUACCUGGCUUGAAUGCUGAGAAGGAUGAGGUGAUGCAGCACAUUGCAAUUUUGUAUGAGGAUCAGCUGAACACCAUCAUCACCAGAAAAGCAACAAAAGAUCUGCACAAGCCUAUCUCUAUACUCUUCUGCAAUUUGGCUUUUUCUGAUCUCUUCACAAGUUUUUCUGGUUUUUGGAUUUCAGUGCUGUUCAUCACCAAACCUGAUGACACAAUCUUUGGAUCCAAGGAUAUGCUUGCACCUUAUGCCUUAUAUACUACAUCUAUUUUAUCCACCAUCUAUAACUUGGUAAGCAUUGGAAUUGAACGCUACCUGGCUGUGGCUGAAAGCAUUAGGACAAGGUUCAGGGUUGCUAGAAACCAUUCCAUAGCUGUAGUUUUAAUUAACUGGGUCCUUGCUUUCUUUCUGGGCUGCCUGCCAUUGAUGGGGUGGAACUGCUUGCACACAGGAAAAAAUCUCUCAGUCCUCUACAGUCCAUUUUGUGUUGACUACCUCAUCUUCAUCACCACUCCCAAUGUUGUGGCAGCUUUUAUUGUUCCUCUGUUCACCUACCUUAGAAUCAUUAUGAUCCUGAGGAAAAGAAAGCUGAGAAUGAAAGCGUGUGGGCAAGCUAUUGGUACCUACAAAUCAGCUGAAAUCCAGGUUGCCAGAACUAGUAUUUUUAUAUGGCUCCUGGCAUUGGUGUCCUACGCUCCUCUUUUUGCAGGAGUCAUCUUUGAUGCAAUAAACCACCAGUGCCCCCUCGAUCUCUAUCCAAGCGUCUACAUCUUCCGAAACUGCACAGCUAUGCUGAUAACCAUGAACUGUUUGGGAAAUCCCAUCAUAUAUACACUGAAAACCAAAACCCUAGGGGCUAAACUCAAGUCUCUGAAAUGCCUUUCUGGCAAACGUCUCCAAGCCUGCACCAUCGCGAACAUCUAA